UUUUUUAUUGGUGUACCAUGUUUGAUUUGUCUGAUAUCUUUGGAGUUUUUCUGAGAAAUGGAGCAGUAAUACAGCAUCAACUUAUUAAAAUACGUUUUAAGCCUUUUAAUUUUCUGUGCUAUUUUUGAAAGGGAAUGGAGGGAGGGGAGUUCUGUCCUGAGAUAAUCAUAGGUUCCAUAAGGAUAAUCCUUUAUCACCUUUUGCUCAAAAGUAUGGAUAUCCAUUUAGGCAAACUUGGGAGGUUGGAUGCAUACUAUGGCUUAUGUGGUUGACAAAGAUUGGUGCUAUUGGUAUACAGAAGCAAUCAGGAUGAGCAAAAAGCUGCUGUUUGAAAGAGGAAGAAAAUGAGCUGGAAGAACUGGGAUACCUUCAUUGAGCUGGGAGGGGUCUCCGAAUUGGGAUUCAUUUCUGAGCAGCUGCUGGUAUGUCAGAGGCUUGGAAUUGGCCUGGUAAAUCUAAAACUGUCUCAGCAGUGAUUAGCUGACCUCACCCAAGUUCCAGGUCCUAGUCUGCUUGAUCCUUUUUUCUUGAGCCCCAGAGCUAAAAUGCUCCUGAGCGUGCUCCUAUUGGUUGAGAAGACCAACUAAAGUUCCCUUGCCCAUGUUAGGAGGUGUACGCCUCCUGAACUAAAGAUAGAAACAGCUGGCCCUUGCAGGCAGCUAAAAGCUUCCAGACUAAGAGGUGUUCCCCACUCGGCAGCCAGACUCCUUGAGAUACCCUUUCAGUAAUUCUACCAACGGCCUCCAUGUCUCUACUCUGCCGUAACAAAGGCUGUGGGCAGCACUUUGACCCCAAUGCCAACCUUCCUGAUUCCUGUUGCCAUCACCCUGGGGUCCCAAUCUUCCACGAUGCACUUAAGGGUUGGUCCUGCUGCCGGAAGCGAACUGUAGAUUUCUCUGAGUUCUUAAACAUCAAGGGCUGUACUGUGGGACCACACUGUGCUGAGAAGCUCCCUGAGGCCCCUCAACCUGAGGUGCCUGCCACAAGCAGUUCACUUCAGGAGCAAAAACCUCUGAAUACGAUUCCAAAGUCAGCAGAGACUUUGCGUCGGGAGAGGCCCAAGUCAGAGUUUCCUCCAAAGCUGCUUCCACUAAAUAUAUCCCAAGCCCUGGAAAUGGCAUUGGAACAGAAGGAAUUGGACCAGGAACCUGGAACAGGACUUGACAGUAGUCUGAUCCGGACUGGUUCCAGCUGCCAGAAUCCAGGAUGUGAUGCUAUUUACCAAAGCCCUGAGAGUGAUGCUACUCCAUGUACCUACCACCCAGGAGCACCUCGAUUCCAUGAGGGGAUGAAGUCUUGGAGCUGUUGUGGUAUCCAGACCCUGGAUUUUGGGGCAUUCCUGGCACAGCCAGGAUGCAGAGUUGGUAGGCAUGACUGGGGGAAGCAGCUGCCAGCGUCUUGCCGUCAUGAUUGGCAUCAGACAGAGUCCUUAGUAGUGGUGACUGUAUAUGGCCAGAUUCCACUUCCUGCGUUCAACUGGGUGAAGGCCAGUCAAACGGAGCUUCAUGUCCACAUUGUCUUUGAUGGUAACCGUGUGUUCCAGGCACAGAUGAAGCUCUGGGGGGUCAUAAACGUGGAGCAGAGCUCUGUCUCCUUGAUGCCAUCUCGGGUUGAAAUCUCCUUGGUCAAGGCUGACCCAGGAUCCUGGGCCCAGCUGGAGCACCCCGAUGCACUAGCUGAGAAGGCUAAGGCAGGGGUUGGGUUAGAGAUGGAUGAGGAAGAAUCUGAGGAUUCAGAUGAUGAUCUGAGCUGGACAGAGGAGGAGGAAGAGGAGGAAGCAAUGGGGGAAUAGUGACACCAGUCAAGUAUCUAGAUAAGACCUCAGUGAUUCCCUUAGAAUCUCAGAGACCAGGAUAUGGUUGGCCAUGUGGUGUCAUUGAGCAGCAGCAGGCUGAAGGAGGGGAGAACAAAAGUGUCCAAACCAUGCUGUUUUUUCCCUUAAAUAAAUCUUGUAUAUUCUGCAGUUUUA